AUGACCAAGCUGCAUGGUGCUGUAGCGUCUGAAAGCACCAUCUGUUCUGGAAUCGGACGCGAUCUACUUCUAAGAGGAGGAACAGCUGCUGACGCAAUGGUUGGUACAGUCUUUUGCGUCGGUGUUAUUGGCAUGUACCACAGUGGAGUCGGUGGUGGUGGUUUCAUGCUGGUCAGAGGUUCCGAUGGAGAGUAUGAAUUCAUCGACUUCCGAGAGACAGCGCCUGCGGCUGCGUUCCAGGACAUGUACAAGAACAACACGAAUGCAAUUCCUGGUGAGGUCCGUGGAUUGGCACACUUACAUCAAAAGUAUGGCAAACUACCGUGGAAAGAGGUCAUGCAAGGCGCAAUCAAGACUGCUCGCUAUGGUUUCCCAGUCACGGCCGACCUAGUCCGCUACAUGGCCUCUGCCACAGCAGGUCAGACAACCAACUUCCUUGUUGACGACCCGAACUGGGCUAUCGAUUUUGCACCCAAUGGUACUCUGUUGCGACUCAAUGACACAAUCACCCGUCAGCGUUAUGCUUCGACUCUGGAAGCCAUUGCAGAGCGUGGACCCGAUGCUUUCUACACUGGCCCCAUUGCUGAAGCCAUGAUUGACACACUGCAAGCAGCCAACGGCACAAUGACCAUGGAAGACUUGAAGAACUACACUGUAGCAAUCCGCGAUCCCGUCGAGAUCGACUACAGAGGAUACAAGCUCAAGAGUGUGAGCGCACCAGCGUCAGGCGGCGUGGUCUUGUCUACCAUGAAGAUUCUGGAAGGAUACAAUACCAUGGGUGAAGAGGCAUACCUAAAUCUCAGUACUCAUCACUUUGAUGAAGCAACACGCUUCGGUUAUGGCUUCCGUGCUUCCAUGGGAGACCCUCUGUUUGUCGAGGGUAUGGAUGAGUACCAAGCCGAGAUACUCAACGCAACCACAGCGGCAAACGUUCGUCACCUCAUCUCGGACACGCAUACUCUCAACGUGUCAGCAUAUGAUCCAAAGAACCUGGAGAUAAAAGACACGCCUGGAACUUCACAGGUUGUAACUGCUGAUAGCUCCAGCAUGGCUAUCUCACUUACCACGACAGUCAACCUUCUGUUUGGUAGUCAGCUUAUCGUACCCUCGACUGGCGUGAUUAUGAAUAACGAGAUGAACGACUUCUCGAUCCCGGGAACGAAAAACGCUUUCGGCCUCGAUCCUUCAGAAAGCAACUUUGUGCGUCCUGGCAAGAGACCCAUGUCCUCGAUUUCUUGCACUAUCGCUGAAAAUCCCGACGGCUCCCUCUACUUUGUGACAGGCUCUGCAGGAGGCAGCAGAAUCAUCACGGCUACGUUGCAGACAUUGUGGCAUGUUUUGGACCAGAACAUGACUGCUGCUGAAGCUUUGGCAGCACCGCGUCUACAUGACCAGCUUUCUCCCAACUAUGUGAGCUUCGAGUAUGCAUACGACAACCAGACGGUGGCCUACAUGAAGAGCUUGGGUCACAACGUUACAUGGGUGGCUCCAGGACAGAGCACAGCACAGUGUUUGCGAGUAUUGAACAACGGCACGUUUGAUGUUGCUAGCGAGCCUCGCCAGUUGAACUCAGGUGCAUAUGCUGUAUGA